UCGGACUGGUUCAGGUCGGACCGCGAAGUAUCCGUUGACGCACAAAGAUCUGCUGUGCAUCUUCGGUCAUUUCAACACAGUCAUUGAAUCAUUGAGUUUGACUUUGUCCCGCGACAUACAGUGUUCCCUCUGACUGUGAUGUCACAGUGCUGAUUCACAGGAUGGACGGAGACACUUCUGAGAUACCAGGUCCUUCACUCUCCCUCUCCACUUUGCGCCUCCUUGUCCCACCUAUUCGACUGGUCUCUGCAGCAAUCUGGCAGACAGUGGAGCAGAAGAUUGUGUCGGACUAUGGGCUGCUCGAGGAGUUCGUAUUCAUGGUCACAGAGAUUGUCCCUCAACUUCUCUCCACGAGGCAGCGGGCUGAACUCAUUUUGGGUCUAAGAGCACGGCUGAUCCUGGAGUUAUGUCGCUCUGAGGAAACUGCCGACCUCCAGAUUAUUCAGCCACACCUUGACCGGAUGCAGAACCUCAGAUUUCUGUGGAAUGUUGAGACUGAAAAUGCAGAACAAGACACUCCUGACUCGCAGUUCAUGAACCUUGUUCGCAAUCUGCUCCAAGAUCCUGCUGAAAGAAGCAACUUCUUCCAGGAUGUUUUCCCAGCAGACUUUGGCCCCACCUAUGACAAAGCAAUCCAGACACUGAUGUGGCUGUUUUUGUCCAGACUUGAAAAGCUUCUUCCCGCUCAAACUCUCCAACAGAUUGCUUCUUUGCUCAGCAACGCCUCUUCUGUUCUGACUGAAUGCAUGGAGACUUUGGCUCAACCUCAGGAGCUCAAAACCCUGCUGGACUCUCACAAAGACCUGAGUCAGCUGGAUGAUAUAGAUUCUUACAUUGUCGAUAGUGGCAUCUUGUCAGCUCUGUGUCUCCCUCCUGUGGAACGAGUUGUGAUCGUCAAUGAACAAACAGAAACCGAUGUGGAGAGUGGACUCGUCUAUACAGUCUGCACAGAGAUGGAGGUGGAAUCUGAGAACAAAGAGGUGUACGAGGAGGGAACCGGGAGCACAGAGGCAUGCGUCCAAGCUCCGUGGUUCGGUGUCAGCAGCGAAGUGAAAGCAGAGAUAGACUCUGUGGAAAGCACGGAGGCCACUGAAAGUGAAAUGGCAACCGAUACCCCUGCUGGCCAAUCGGAAACCCUGAUAAUCGGUGUGGACGGCCAGGUUACAGUGCUCGAGGGCAUGGAGAAGAAGCCAAAGAAACGAGGGCGGAAAAAGAAAUGCCCUGUAGACGAAGACGUUGAAAUGCAAAGCAGAACCAGGGCGAAACAGCCAGAUGUAAGUGUUUUGUCGGAGAGACCUGUGAGAAAGAACCGUGGGCUCAAAAUGAAAGGGUACCUGUCACAGUGGAGAAAAUCAGGAAAGGAGGAGGACACUAACAGUAGCCCUCAACAGUUUACCACAGCUGAAAACAAAAGCAGUGACUUGGACAACAGAACUUGCAAAGUGUGCGGCAAGGUGGUGAGUAAGGCCAAGUUCUUGGAGCGACACAUGAAUCGACACUCGGAGGAGUCCCCUUAUUCUUGUCCAACGUGCAAAAGGAUUUAUAUGAGUUUGCGCUUCUUGCAGCAGCACAAAUGUCCAAUUGUUCCAAAAGCCAAGGCUGGCAGGAAAGCCAAGGGACAACAGACUGAGGCAGAUGAGGGUGAACAGUCAUCCAGCGGGAUUCCUUGUGAGGCAACCAACGAGGAGCCGCCGCCUGACGACACAGACCACGACCCCGAUUACGAUCCUCCUGCACAGAAGAAGUCAGCCAGAGAAUCAGUAGAGAAAAGCCCAGAAGAAGAAAAGACUUUGGCGGAAGGUCCAUUCUACUGUCCCCACUGCAGCGCAGAGUUCAAGUGCAAACAAACUUUUAGGUUUCAUUUAAGAAACAUCUGCUACAGUGAGCAGCAGGUGGACCCAGACAAGGCUGGGGAUGUCAAGCAUUGUUUCAGGUGCACUGAAUGUGACAAAGCGUUCAAAUACAAAUCAACAUUGGAAUCCCACAAAAUGACUCACAACCCGCUCUACUGUGAGGUGUGUAUGAAACUGGUACGUGACGCCGAGGCACUGGCGAUGCACAAAGAGUCCCACACGCCAUUUCAGUGUAACCAGUGUGAGGAGAACUUCCCAGUGUUUAAGGCCCUUCACAAACAUUACAUCGAUGUCCAUCAUCCCACCGAGCCUUUUACCUGCACCCACUGUCAGACCUCUUUUCCCAGUUUGAAGCGUUUCAUCAGACACGAGUGGAAGCACACCGGCUACCAGCCAUUUCAGUGCCCUCACUGCAGUAAGCGGUUCAGAUCUUACUCUGACCUCGUGGAGCACCUGAAGAAGCACACCAAGGCAUAUCCAUUCCUCUGCUGGGAGUGUGGCAAGAAAUUUAGGCAUGGCGUAACGUUGACGAGGCACGUGGAGCGCGUGCACCACUCCGGCGAGCCCAUAACGGAGAAACCCUUGCCCACCUUCACCUGUGCGCAGUGCGGGAAGACCUUCACUUCCAGAAGAUGCCUUAUGAAACACGACAAUUUCCAUCACAAGGGGAUGCGGUUCCCAUGUGAGCACUGUGGGAAGGGAUUCUUUGGCAAGGACGCAUUGGUGAGGCACACUUUGAUUCACACGGGCGAGAGGCCUUUCAAGUGCGACGACUGCGACAAGUCCUUCAGGUCCAUGGCGGAAUUAAAGAUACACAGGAGAUACCACACGGGGGAAAGACCAUUUAAGUGCAACAUCUGUGAGAAAGGUUUUGUCCAGUCCUGCUUUCUGACCUUACACAUGCGAACCCACACAGGGGAGAGGCCAUAUGUUUGUGCAGUGUGUAGUAAGGGCUUCUCAAGCUUGCAUGGCCUAAAAAGACACAGAAGGCUUGUUCACGCAUAGAUAAUAUUAACCCUGAUGCAAAUGCCUGUUUGAAUAUUCUCUUUAUUUUCCGCUUGUUGAAGGAGUUCAGAGGGCCGAAUCAGUUGAAAAGCAGAACUUGGUUGAGGAUUUGACCUCUUGUUCAAAGACACUUAGUUCAGGUUUUAUCAGCGGAAGGACCAUUUUGUUUAAGAUGUCAGCAACAUUGUUAUCUGUGGCUGUCGCAGCCUGGAUUGAUAGGAACUGUGUAAUUGUAUAGUGGCUCAUGAAAAUGUAACUUUGUAUUUUUUACAGACAAAUUUGCUGUAGCGCUACAUAAGAUUUGUAUGUAUAAGUGAUAAGAACCUUAAUUCCUUUGGGAAUUCUUUAUUCUUCUUGAAUAAAUCUGGUGUUUAA